AUGGCCAAGUCUGAAAUCCCGGUGCCGCUCGCACUACUGGAUGUCCCCAACAUGACGGCGAACAAGUUGAAGAGACUUGCUGUGUCAGCCUCAGGGACACUCAAUUUUUGGAGUGCCCUCAGAUCCACAAUUGCAUCGGUUACAACCGUAGACGGCAACGUCGACGACGGUUCCAAUGCCGAACGCAUGGUCCUCCUGCCAGGAGGUGCUUUCGUCCUGAUGAUUGGCAAUGACGGAUCGCCUACACUGUUCAGAGUAGAUUCGGCGGCCCCACCGCGCGGUGGUGAUUCACCUUUCGGACGCGGUCCGUCAGACGGCCGUCCUCGUCAAGAGCCCAGACCAAUCAAACACCACGUCUUCCAUGCACCUGAUGGCCGACUUCAGAUUCUGGUCGGUCGCGAUUAUGAGUAA